CAAUAGCCUGAUCGAGGCUUUAGUCAGCCCCUUUCUCACAGGAGAUCCCUCUGGUGAAGACAAACGUAGACAGGGGUAAUAGCCACGGCUGCAAAGAGCAUCACCAGAUACAGUUAGGACCGAGAUUUCCUCCUCACACAACUGCAGUUUAUCAUAACAGCUAUAACCACCGUGUAGCCACCAUGUCUGUAGCGGGGCUGAAGAAGCAAUUCCACAAAGCCACUCAGAAAGUGAGUGAGAAAGUUGGAGGAGCAGAAGGAACGAAGCUCGAUGAGGACUUCACUGAUAUGGAAAAGAAGAUGGACACCACCGCUCGGGCAGUGCUGGACAUCAUGACCAAGACCACUGAGUAUCUGCAGCCAAACCCAGCCACCAGAGCCAAGAUGAGCAUGAUGAACUCCAUGUCACGUAUGCGGGGCCAGGAGAAGGGACCGGGCUACACACAGACCGAGACCAUCCUGGGAGAGUCCAUGCAGAGGUUUGGCAGGGAGCUCGGGGAGGAGUCUAACUUCGGCCUUGCUCUGAUUGACGCUGGGGAAGCCAUGCGUGAGCUGGGAGAGGUUAAGGAUGCUCUGGACAUGGAGGUCAAGCAGAACUUCAUUGAUCCACUGCAGAACCUCCAUGAAAAAGAUCUCAAGGAGAUUCAGCAUCACCUGAAGAAAAUGGAGGGUCGCCGUCUGGACUUUGAUUAUAAGAAGAAACGUCAGGGCAAAGUCACAGACGACGAGAUCAAACAGGCACUUGAGAAGUUCGACGACUCCAAGGAGAUUGCCGAGCAGAGCAUGUUCAACUUGUUGGAGAGUGAUAUUGAGCAGGUGAGCCAGCUCUCUGCGUUGGUCCACGCUCAGGUGGAGUACCACAGCCGGGCUGCUGAGAUCCUCACACAGCUCUCCAGUAAGAUAGACGAACGGAUAAGGGACACUUCUAACAAACCGAGGAAAGACUACAUGCCUAAACCACGUACGUCUCUGGACUUCUCCAUCAGCGAGAACCACAAUGGAGGCAUCCACAGUGCUCGAUCUCCAGCCAGGUCUCCAGCCCCGAUGGACCAGCCCUGCUGUCGUGCACUGUACGAUUUUGACCCUGAGAACGAAGGGGAGCUAGGUUUCAAGGAAGGCGAUAUCAUCACCCUGACCAAUAAGAUCGAUGAAAACUGGUACGAGGGGAUGCUGCACGGCAACUCCGGCUUCUUCCCAAUCAACUACGUGGAUAUCCUGGUGCCGCUGCCCCACUAGGACGUCACGAUUACUAGCUAUGUCUGCAACAGUGGCAAAACAAAUCCUGGCCUCCAGUUCCUCCCCCCUGUAUUCCCAGUAACCUUUUCCUCAACAUUCCUACUAACCACCUGCGCUCCACUUUAAAGGAGUCAAAACGGCAACAACAUAAUAACGAAUGAAGAUAUGAACAAGAUUGAUGACGAAUUAAAGCAAGUCUACACCAGUUGAUCGUAAAAACUUUAAAUGAGGAAAAUCAGCAUUGAUGUCGUUGCUUCCCCUUAUCCCAGGAGGUACCUUCAAGCUUCCAUAGUCAUCUGGUCCAUUUCUGUCCCGGCUUUUGUCUCGGUUUAAGUUGGCUGUCAGUCCGUCAUGAGUUUAUUAGAACAGCUUUGCAAAAUCACAUUUUCUCUCAUUCACUGUAUUAUGUGGCAAACUCUACAGUAGAUAGAAACCUUUUUCUCACAUACUAGGAAAAAAAAUGGUCCACGUGCUUCAUGUUUGUUAGACUCUAGGUCAAGCAUGGUUUCAAGUGUUAAACAUUUUAUCUUAUUAAAAAAAAAAGAUAUGUUGAACUGAUUUUGCUUUGUUUGAAAUAUUCCUCGUUUUUUAACUGUAGUCUCUUGGCAUGCUUGGGCCGUUUCUGGAGAAACCACGUCCCUGUCAUGCUCUAAAAAGUCUGUCCAAAGGACGUCCUCACAUUUUAACUAUUCAGAGUUUCUAGACAGAUUCAUCUAGUUGAUAACUUACAACAGACAUUACUCAUUGUACUUUUAAUUUUUUUAUGUAACAUGUGCGCGUGAUUGGUCAAAUGUGAUUUAGAUACCAAAGUUACCUACAGAAACCAGAAUCAACUCCAACAGCAAGGUGUCAGUAAAUCUGUUCAAUGCAACAGCGUGAAGCUUGCAAUCUUUAGUUCUUUGGUAUUUUUAUCAAGGGGGAGUGAAACUGUAUUCUUAAGUAUGUGACAUUACUUAUCUGAGCCAGUGAUUAGUGAAGUGAUGACAUGAUUUGCAAAAACACAAGUUGUCAAGUUUAAACUGUCUGAAGUGAUGUAAGAAAACUAUGGUGAAUAAAUUGCAAUCCUCCAAUGUGUAUUUUAUCAGCAACUUGUGUGAAAAAUGGUUGAUGUAUUGUGAUAUAAUAACUUAAGAUUUAACUGCUCACUGGGGCAAUUGUUUUCUCUGGAGGUGAAGGUGUAGCUCUUUUUGCUGCAGCCCUACUAGUCCGAUUAGUAUACUGUAGUCGUAGCUGUCUAUAAGCCAUUGAUGAAGAAAAAACUAGACGUAGCCAGCAACAGUACUCUUUGAAAUACUUUCCAACAAGGACAAAGGAGUGUGUAAAUGGCAGAGUGGAAUGAGAGAUCAUUUCUUUUUGUCUCAGUGGAAAUGUUUUUAUUAAUUGAAAUGAUGCAACUUACACUAAACAUCCCUUUUUUUCAUGAUGAUACGGACAAAAAGCCGCUGGUUUUCUUUAUACAUGUCAUGUCAGACCUCAGAAAAAUUGUUAGAUACUCUACAUGAUGUUUAAUUUUCCCUAACCAGCUAUUUGCUUGUAUGCAGUAUUGUGUGGGAUUAGUUUCCGUUCUCUAACUGAUGUAUUGAUAAUCUAGAAAUCAAACCAGCCUCAGUUAUUACAUGUUUUAGUCAGCUGAGCUGUGAGGUGCCAUAGUGCACACAUUAUCCCUGAGGUUUUAUUCUCUGCAAUGUCGACAAUGUAUUUACCCUCCUGCAUGAAGAUCUGUGCAGCGGUAACACUAUUUUUCACCCAUCUUGUUGUAAUGUUGUGCGUGUAUUUUGGGGGAGGGAUGCCUGUUUGGGUUUGUGUAUUGUACAUGUAAUGCACAGGGACAGGGUUGCAGAGGACCUCUGAUGCUGAGGUAUUUAAAAUAUACUGUCUCUGACAGUGUUCAACAUUAAAAACAAACAUGAAUGUCUCUUUAAUCAAAGGACCAAUUCAUUAUAUAUCCAGUAGAAUUACAAUACUGAUGCAAAAUCAACUGAUAACCCACAUUAAAGUGUUGCUUUAUUUUUUUUAAGGGAAGCACAACUUUAGCAGACAGUAUACUUUGUUGGCUGUGGAAGAAUAACAGUACAGUUUGAAGAGGUCAUGUAUUUAUUUUUUUUUUUUAAAGGUGAUCUAAUUCUUUCCUUCUUUUUCUCUUUCACUGUUUUUUAACAAUCGUGUGUAUCUUUGCCCUCAAUGAGGACUGUACAGCUUUUCUGUGUUUUGUUUUCACCUUGUGUGUAUAGUCGCGCAUCUACAGUAACGUAUCUUAUUUUUGUAACUGUGACAAAAGUAUACACAUACAGUAUAGAUGUAUAUAUACAGUAUAUUAUCCAGAAGCAAUGUGAAAGGAGGGAUUCUCUGUGCUGCACAUGAUUGUCUUUGGAUUGUUUUGUUUUUGUUUUCUUUUAUUCUUGCACUGGAUUCUAAGACUGUAUGCUUGAUGUAAAGAAAAAAAUGUGAUAAGUGAGUGUAAUUUAUUCAAAUAAAAACCAAAAAGUGG